UUUGUGUGUUUGUGUUGGUGAUGAUGGCUCAGCAGGUGAGCAGCUCUCCCUUCCUGAAGCCCUUUUACCUAAAGAUGCCCCUGAGCGUGUCCAGCCCUCUCCGGCAGCGCCGGCAUACGCUGCCCGCCAGCGAGUUCCGCAACCUCACUCCACAGGAUGCCAUCAGCGUGUUUGAGAUCGAGAGGGAAGCUUUCAUCUCGGUGUCUGGAGAGUGCCCGCUCACCCUGGACGAGGUGCUGAGCUUCCUAGGCCAGUGUCCUGAGCUCUCCAUGGGCUGGUUUGAAGGGGGACAGCUGGUGGCCUUCAUCAUUGGAUCUGGUUGGGCCAAGGACAGACUGGCACAGGAGGCCCUGACCCAGCACGUGCCGGACUCUCCCACUGUUCACAUCCAUGUGCUGUCUGUGCACCGCCACUGCCGGCAGCAGGGGAAGGGCUCCAUCCUGCUGUGGCGCUACCUGCAGUACCUGCGCUGCCUGCCAGGCCUGCGGCGAGCGCUGCUCAUCUGCGAGGAGUUCCUCGUGCCCUUCUAUGAGAAGUCCGGCUUCAAGGAGAAAGGCCCCUCCGCCAUCUCAGUGGGAGCUCUCUGCUUCAGAGAGAUGGAGUACAUGCUAGGAGGGCUGGCUUACGCACGACGCAACAGCGGCUGUUAAAAGCUUCCGUGAUUGAGGUUCUCAGUGGUUUUUCAAGUAAUGGACGCGGUGCUCAGAUUCUGGGCAGUAACUGAAGGCUCCUGGUAGAAAGGCCGGGCGACAGCCACUGAAACAUCUGGGUCAA